UCUGUCUGUCUGUCGGUCUAUCUAUCUAUCUAUCUAUCUGUCUACUUCAGGAAGUACGAAAAAAAUAAAUAAACAUAAUAUGUGUAUUUAGGUAUACAUAAAUUCAUAAAGUAUUAAAUAAAGGCAUUCGUCAAAUAAAAUACAUUAUGUAUACUCAGGUUUAUUAAUUCAAAUAUUUCAUUACAUAUAUUUAUGUACUUAUUUGUUCUUAUUUAAUAUUUAUGUACUAUUUAGACAGCCUUUCUGUGUUUAAAGGGCGGGCCAGCGGUGGGCUGACGUCAAACUCCAUUUCCCAUAAUGCACCCCGCGUUUCCACUUCCGCUCUCUCAGUUUGUAAACACACGAAAGAAGAGAUGGAGUCGACAAGAGAUCUCACCUAAAAAUAUUCCCCAGAUUAGAUUUCCACACACACACACUGUGUGAGAGAGAGUGUGUGUGUGUGUGUGUGUGUGUGUGAGAGAGAGAGAGAGAGAGCGCGCUGUAGAGAUAUCUGGAUAUUCAGUUUACACCGGAACUGGAUUUUUAUUUUCCUUUCGGGAAAUAUCUAACGUUCAUCUCCAGCUAGCUGCUGCUGUGUGUCUCCUGAAUAACUGGGUAGAGAGACAGACAGACGGCGGUGAAUCUGUGUCUUAUCAAGAGUUUAUCUGUGGCUGGUUUUGUCCUCUCCUGCUCGGCUCGAUGGGGAACUGUCUCUCCUCUCAGAGUGCUGAUGACCUGUCCCUGCUCAACGAGUCCGAGGGAGCGAGUCUCCCCGGAGAGCCUCCACCUCCCUAUCAGGAGCGUGUGCAGGUGCCUGUGUACCACCCCACACCCAGUCAGGCCCGCCUGGCCACCCAGCUUACGGAGGAGGAGCAGAUACGGAUCGCUCAGCGCAUUGGCCUCAUCCAGCACCUCCCACGUGGCAUCUUCAACCCGGGCUCCGAACCCUCCGACAAGAAGAUCAAAGAGUGUGUGAUCUGUAUGCUGGACUUUGAGUACGGAGACCCGAUCCGGUUCCUGCCGUGUAUGCACAUCUACCACGUGGCCUGUAUCGACGCGUGGCUCAUGCGCUCCUUCACCUGCCCCUCCUGCAUGGAGCCGGUGGACGCCGCGCUGCUCUCCUCCUACGAGACCAACUGAGCCGCGAUCACUGCCACCGAGACACGCCAGCACGGGGAACAUGCCAGUCGAGUCAGCCGGGGGGUCACGAGAGGGGAUUAAGAGGGUGGGAGGGGUGUGAAUGUGUAUGUGUGUGUGUGAAGAAAUGAUUGAGUGUUGGUUAGAGCAUAUGUAGAAGCUGACCAGACUGGCUUAAGGACGAACGCAGGCCUCAUUUCUGAUCAUGUAUUGGCCGAAUCGUUACAUUUAAAUGUGGUUGAUGAAAAGUGGUCACACGUUUAACCAGUUUUCUUUCCAUUUGUGCAAUACACACGAGGAGGAGGAAGUCGUCCGUGUCUGACCGAGCCUCUCCUCGUGAAGGCGUGUGCCCUGGCUAAAGUUGAUGGGCUCGUGUCACAGCUUGAGGCUGUGAAUAUCCUGCUGAAUCACAGCGCUCUUUAAUUAGAGACGAAUUGAAAAUGUGAGAAGCGAAUGUGCCAUGGCUGACAUGUCUGUCUGAUCUAUAUAUUGCACUCCUCACUUAGGUCUGCUUUCUUUCGCUCUCUGUUUUUUUCAGUUUUUUUUUCUCUGUUUUUUUUCCCACUGUUUUAUAGGAACAGCGCGAUGCACAGAUUAAGGUUUUCCUUAAUCGCCUCUCUAAAGCACCUCAUUAAACACCGAGUAUUAACGCGUCGGAAUAGGGAUACACGUGUAGAAAUAGGAAACACUAAGUUUGUAGGGAUGCACCGAAAUCUUGGGUGAAAGUAAAAAAAUGCUGAAAAUGUUGUUCUGUUUCAGUUCGUGAUUUGUAUUCGAUGUAUAAUUUCAUAGAUCUCGUAGGAAAACUGUGAUAUUAUUAUAAAUAUUAUCAUGCAGUGCAAAUGACUAAUAUUUAUUCAUUCCAGGCUUCUGUUUUUAAAGUUUUCCGGCCCUGAAAUUGGCUCCGCCUCCAUCCCAAAAAGAACUGCCCGGCCACUUUUGUUUAAAUGUUUAAAGCUCACAAGACAUUUACUUUAUGUUUUCACCACCAGGGGUGGAAUCGAUUCGAGGAUGGAAAAAGCACGUCAGUGUGGGUGUUAUAAUUGCAAUUCGCCUUACAUGCAGCAGAGGGCGCUGAAAUUUUUUUUAAACUGCACCUUUAAAUACACAAGCGUGAAAACUGAAUGCAGACCACCAUGUAAAUAGCAACUUGUUGUGUCAUGUGUGUUGCCAGAUUUGGCAAGAUCCCCCUUCUAUUCAGUUAAUGCUGCAUUUCAUGGCUUUUUUUUACCCUCCCCCAAAAGUUUCUGUUUUUCUCCCUAGUCCAUCCUGAGUUUCAGUUUCCUUUGCGUCUUUGCUGUGGAUUUUUCUAGAAAACUCCUAUGUGUACUUUGCAGGUUAAACCAUAAGGCAGAUCAUAAUGUUUAAAUAAUGAAGAUUAUUAGUGUGUGUUUUGUGUUGUCGUGGAACUCGGUUCCUGUGCUGCUGUUUUCUUGGCUCUCGGGUUGCCAGUUGUUGUCCACGAUUUCAGAUCAGCAUAAAAUCACACCUCGACUCCAAAACACUGUACUAUAGGUACUGUACAUGAAACUCUUAAUCCAUUUGGCUGUGAACUUUCACCUUCAUUCGUUUUGUUGUGUGUGUGUGUGUGUGUUUGUGGUUGAAUGUUUGGAGAUGUUUGGAUGACACAAUCAUCUUUGUGCACCUUUUGAAUUUGCUCGGCCAGCCGGGAGCCGACGUUGAAAGAGCUAAAGCUUUAAAAUGAGUCUUCUUUCCUUUUUGUAAUGUAUUUUUUUUUUUUUGAAAGAGGAAAAAAAAAGGACUGAAAAUUCACGUGUCAUAAAGUGCUUCUCAGUUCUGAUAUGACUCGAUGUGACGUCUUUUCUAUCUGUCCCUUUUCUGUUCACACUCUCACAUCUAUGCUAAAAGGAAAAAAAAAAAGACUUGUGAUUUGUAUUUUUCAUUAUUUGUUCGUAUGUAGGGCUGAAAUGAAUCCGGUUCAUUGUACUAAUCCGUGACUGUAUAAGCACUAAUGUAUAGAGUACAGAAUACUUAAACGCCAUGGAUUCACAUAUUUUUAUUUACUGUUUUCCUCUGAUAACCAGGUCAUUUUGUAUGUUUACACAUGAUCUCGUGCUAUUUAUGUCAUUAUCACAGGGAGAGAAAAAAAAUCACGCUAGAACACAAUUUUGAACUCUCAUCCUCUCAGAUUGUCACAUUAUCUCGGGAAAGCAACAUUUUGUUCAAAAUCUUAAGUGAGGGGAUUAUCGAGAAGAUUUUGUGUGUUAUGGUUCUGUCAUGGACUCAAAUGGUUUUGGACUCAAAUUAUCUCAUUGUUUUUUGUUUUGUUUUUUUAGUUGUCUCGGGGAAAAACAUUUUGUUAUUUCAAAUCUCAGAUUGUUGUGAUGCUAUCUUGGGGAAAAUGUUUGGUUCUUCUGAGAUAUCUGAUUGUUGUCUUGCAGUUUUGGAAACUAAAACUAUGUUUUGUGUUCUUUUUGAGACCUCAGAUUGUUAUUAUCUCUAAAAACAUUAAGAGCUCAAAUUGUUGUCGUUAUAUCAGGAAAACCAGCAUUUUGUUCUUUAAAGAUCUCAGAACAAAAAAACAACAACGUUGGGUUCUUUUCAGAUCUCAGAUUGUUUUGUCGUUAUCUUGGGGAAAAUACGUUGUUCAUUCGGGAUCUCAGAUUGUUGUGGUUUUAUCUCUGGAAAGCAAUGAGUUGUGUCUUUUUGGGUUUUUUUUUUUUUUUUUUUUUUUUUGGCCGUGUUUUUCUUAAGAAAAACAUUUAGAUUUUUGAAAAUCUCAGAUCAUUGUGGUGUUAUCUGUGGAAAAUAUUUGGCUCUUUCGAGAUCUCCUAUCAUUAGUUUGUUAUCUUGGAAAAGAGUAUUUUAUUUGAUAUGUCAGAUUGUUGUUAUCUUGGGAAAACCAUUUUUUUUCUUUGAGAUCUCAGAUUGUUGUAUCUUUAUCUCUGGAUUAUUAUUAUUAUUAUUAUUAUUAUUAUUAUUAUUAUUAUUAUCUCUUUGCAACGGCAUUCAAUAACUCCUUACCUUGUUAGCACAGAAGAAGUGAGUAACUAAAAUAUGUGAAUCAUUUUUAUAGCUUGUAUGAAUAAAGUAUUGCUACAGAAAUAUCUCUUAUGCCUAAAAUAAGCCUGAUCUAGACACGGUUUAGGAGCACAGAACCUGAAUUCAGCCUGAGGAGAACUUAUUAAUAAGAACAUUUCUGAAAGUUAGCUUCAACAGAUAUGAUUCUGUCUCAGACAGGAGCAGAUGACGUGUAAUGAAUGUGUGUGUGUGGGGUGGGGUGUGGGGGGGGGGUGUUAUCUGGCUGGCUGGCUAAACGUAGCUGAAGAAUGUUUUGGGGUUUCAUAGGAUGUGUAUAUUGCAUUUCAUCUGAAGUUGAAUAUGUGUAAAAAUAAAAAUGUAGCUCUAGUACAGACUUUUCUUUUUUUUUUUCAAUGCAAAAUAACAAAAAUAGUGAUUUAAUGAACUCCUGUGAAGUACAAUCAUCUUUGUUUUUUUUUCUUUUUAACAAUAUAUGACAUGGUUUGAUGCCAGGUUUGCUACAGUAAUGUGUAAUACUGAAUCUAGGCUGCUAGAUAGGGAUUUUAAGUGUGUGUGUGUUGUACAUGUGCAGUGAUGGCACAGCUUUUAGGAAUAUGUCAACUCCUUGUUGAUGAUGAUGAUGAUAAAAUGAUAUACAAAUAAAUAAAAAUUCUUCCAGAUACA